UGGCCGAUAUGGUGUUGCAGCGCACAAAUAAGCAGAAGCGAGUGUGAUGUUGAUCCUCUCGGCAUCAUUAUGCGGGCCAAUCACAUCCAACAGCAUCCGAAGAGCCGCUUACAUGAGCAGUGCCAAGGGUUCUCCAGUGGGGUCUCCGGCCUGUCAGAUGCUCUCUCACACUCCUGAAAGCCAACUCCAUUUUCAUGGCCGACUUUAAAGCGUCGCUUCCAGGUCCCGCUCGGAUACUGAGGUCGCACAUUGGAGCAGCGCGCUCCUGGCCCUCAAAGCGUCGUAGAGGCUGCUCCAUAAUGGAUGGUUCAAGGAAAAGUAAAAGCCGCGGCACGGAGAUCCUCCUGGUGUCCAAGAACACUUGGUGUCUCUACCAAGGCCGUUGGAAACUGAAAUAUUCGAAAGAAAACUCUGGGCAGUUCCACUGGGCAGGGUCCUCGUUUGGGCUUUUGCGGCUUCUAAAGUCCUUGGAUCAUUGAUCUCCAGUGUCCGCGGUUACAGCCCCAUCAUAUCUGCGCCCUUUCUUUCACGCGACACGGGACUGAUUGGUGGAUAGAAAGCCACCUUAGAAUUACAAGAAAAUUGGCGGUUCCAGGUACGUGCUGUAGAUAAGGCCCCACUCCACUGGGCUAGUGUGGUGUUUUUGACAUUUCAGAGACCUCAAACCCACGAAGUUCUUGGACAAAUAUAAUAAUCAAGGGGAAACCUGUGUUUCCAUCGCAACUAUACGUUUCCAAAAUUAUGGAUCUUUCUAAAAAUAGAGGAUCUACAAUCUGCCUGGGCACUGCCAUCUAGGCACGGCAAUGAUUUCAUCAUUCUCACUCUUAAAGUUCGCUUGCUUCACUUCCCAUCCUGUCGAUUGUCAUCUGCUGGCUUGAUGAGGAUUUGCGUCAUAUUCUUUGUCCUGUCUUUUUGAACUUUAUCUCGAUUCAGGAAAUCGAGUCUUCAACUUCGUCCGGCCCCUUUCCAGUGUCAUUUCAUUUUCUUCGACGAACGCUCUUCCCAGUUUUCUCUUUUGUUUUCACAUAUUCAACGCAGCAAUGCCGUCUCUGGAUGUCAGCGAGCUGAAUAUAGUGCUCGGAGUCUUGGGCAGCUUCAUAGUGUUGUAUGGUAUAAUAUCUGUGAAGAUAAAAGCCCAAUGGUAUUUGGGAGAAGCGUUACCCGCUGUCGUAUUUGGGAUCAUCUUGGGUCCAAUUGUAGCCAAGUUCUUGGACGCUGAGCGAUGGGGCUCCGCGGCGCCUGAGCAGAUGGGUGCCAUAACACUCGGUGUAGCAAGAGUGGUUAUAGGAGUUCAACUUGUUAUUGCCGGUUUUCAGCUUCCUGCCAAGUACCAACUGAGAGAAUGGAUCCCGAUGAUGAUUUGUCUAUUGCCUGUCAUGACAAUCAUGUGGCUUUUCACAACUGGGUGCAUUUUGCUCACUGUACCAAAACUCACUCUUCUUACUGGCUUGGUCAUUGGAUCUUGUGUCACCUGCACAGACCCAAUUCUUUCUCAAGCAAUCGCCAAAGGCCCUUUCGCCGACAAAUAUGUGCCACGAGCCCUACGGGAGAUCAUCAGUUCCGAGGCAGGAGCAAACGAUGGAUUUGGGUUCCCGUUCCUUAUGCUUGCGACAUACUUGAUUCGGUAUGCAGAUAUUCCCGGUGCAGGCGAGCAUUCUACUGCCUCCAAGGCCGACCUUACAGGCAAUGUCACGACAGCAAUUGUUGAAAGGGCUAUAUUACAUGUCAGAGAAGAAGAGGCUGGGAGACUUGGUGGAGGCGUCGGCAUCGCGCUCGGCACUUGGGCAACGGAAACAUGGGUUUACAUUGUGUUCCUCAGUGUCGUCUACGGCAUUGUCGUUGGAUACGGGAGUGCUAAAGCAGCCAAGUUUGCACUUCGAAAAAAAUGGAUCGAUACUGAGAGCUACCUUCUUAUGCCCACUGGGCUCGGCCUCUUUCUUAUUGGUACUUGUGGCGCUAUCGGUACAGAUGACUUGCUUGCCUGUUUUGUGGCCGGUAAUGCUCUCAAUUGGGAUGGACAAUAUCUCGACGAAACUGAAGCGCUUCAUGACGAAGUCAACUCAUGUAUUGAUGUCCUCCUCAAUUUUGGGGGCUUUAUGUAUAUUGGUAUCGUCAUGCCUUUCGCCGAUUUCCAUCAGCCCGAUACCACAGGUCUUACCAUUCCACGUCUCAUUGGACUAGGCUUUCUGGUGCUUAUCUUUCGCCGUAUCCCAGCUAUAUUGAUAACGUAUAAGCUCAUGCCAUCUUGCGUAAAGAACUGGAAAGAAGCACUGUUUAUGGGAUACUUCGGACCAAUUGGCAUCGGCGCAGUCUUUUAUAUUGAACACACGAAGCAUCUUUUCCCUGAAAAAGGAAAGGCAAGUGACGCCGAGGUGAAUGAUAUGACAGCAGUCAUGGUUCCAGUUGUCUACUGGCUUGUGUUAUUCUCAAUCGUCGUCCACGGCCUCUCCAUUCCUGCCCUCAAUCUGAUCUACAAGUGGCGCGGUGUUCCUACCAUUCAAGAGGACGAUCCGCAAGAGAUUCUCAUGCUUUCAAGCAACGCAGCACUCCCCAAGAACUCGAAAGCAAAUCCCAAUAGAAAGUCCAUCUUAGUACAUAACCGCUUCUCGACAGCCGCACCAAGACCCAAUAUCAGCAGGCCAACAGACCUGUCCCGUUGGGACUUGGAGGGUGAUAGACGUAUGGACUCUAUCGACUUGGAGAAGUUACGCCAAAUCCAAUGAAAUAGGUUGGAUGUAAGGGGAGUGGAAGGGUUUUGGGGGUUUUGCUGCUUCAAGUGUAAAAUCAGAUUUGAACUAGAAUCUACUACAAAGCUUUCCUC